UAUUCUGGAAACUUUCAGACCGGAAGUCUUCUGCUUGUUCCGUUCGCGGCCAACAUGGCGGCUGGCGCUAAUGAGGUUGAUUACUUUGUGAGAGAAAUUGAGAAAAACGACGGGUGUACCUUAAAGGUGAAGCAGUGCUACUUGGGGGACGUUGGCUGCGUUGUUUGGGAUGCAGCUAUCGUUCUGGCAAAAUAUUUAGAGACAAAACAAUUUUAUGACCCGUCCUCAGGAGUGAACGUCUGGGCUGGCAGGAGUGUUGUGGAGUUAGGAGCUGGGACGGGAGUUGUUGGUCUGAUGGCAGCAACACUGGGAGCUCUAGUUACUGUGACAGACCUUGAGGAUUUGCAGACGCUUCUGAUGGUAAACAUCCAGGAAAACCAGGCACUUAUCAGUGGAUCCGUUACUGCCAAGGUACUGAAAUGGGGCGAAGAUGUGUCUGACUUCCAUCCUCCUCCACAUUAUGUCCUCAUGGCAGAUUGCAUCUAUUAUGAGCAGUCUAUUGUUCCGCUGGUGGAGAGUUUGAAGCUGCUCUCUGGACCAGAGACUUGCAUUAUUUGCUGCUAUGAGCAACGCACAGAGGGCGUCAACCCAAAAGUGGAAAUGCAGUUUUUUGAGUUGCUGGAACAAAGCUUCAACUGUGAAGAGAUCCCUUCAGACAAGCAAGACCCAGAGUUUAGUAGUCCAGACAUCCGCAUCCUGCACAUCUGGAGAAAAGUCUGAAAUUGUGUGGUCACAUGGAAAUGAGAUUUAAGUCUGGCAUGUUUAUAUUAUUCAAUGUAUCUUUAUUUCUGCACUCUUUUUAAGUUUUUAAGUUUUUUU